AUCGCUGUAAACCAGUGCACGCCGAAAACAGUGGAGUUUUCUUGAUUACUAUUUUCCGGAUAAUCCCUGCGAGUUUUCUGUAAGAAACCGACCCACAAUGACCGAUAAGAGUAAGAACCCGCAGCUGGACGACCUGCAACGCCAGUUACUGGAUCGCCUAGCCAAAAAUGACACCAGUGGAUUCAAGCAACUGCUGGUCGGUUGCAAAAAUGUGAAUUUCGUGGACGACAGCGGGAUGUCGUGUUUGGCGCACGCCAGCUUUAAAGGAAAUCGCGAGGCAGUCCAACUGCUCUUGGAUAUGGGUGCCGACAUAAACCUCAAUCAACAUGGAGCUGAUUAUACGCCACUGCAUUUUGCUGCCUUAUCUGGUAAUACCCACGUGUGCCGGCAACUAUUGGAUGCCGGUAUCAAGCCAAGUAGCAUUAAUAGUGUCCAAAGGACCGCCGCCCAAAUGGCCGCCUUUGUGGGCAACCACGGCUGCGUGGAGACCAUCAACAACUAUGUGACCCGCUCGAGUUUGGAGUACUACACCCAGGCUCAUGGCCAGCAAACGGAGCCCCAGAUUCCACCCAGUUUACUGAAUCCCUUCCAUGCCUUUGUCACCGAAAUCAACUUGCAUCCCGUGAGGAUUGCCCUGAAUGUUCAGUCAUUGGGAUUACUCAGGAUCCUCUCAAACCUUCGCAAGACCCUGUCUUUGAUGUGCGAAAAGGAGAUGCAAAAGACCCAUGACCUCAACGAACUUCUGGCCUUUAAGUUUCACUAUCAGGGUUGGAUUCUGGCCGAACUGAUACGCUGCGAGGAGCAAUUCAAGGCCCAGCACAAGGAAAAAGGUGGCGAGGAGGCCGGCGAUGCCAACAAGAAUGAUUUUAUUGAAAUGUUCGUGAAGCGGGUGCUCAAGGAGAACAAGCUGGGUCAGCUGGACUACGUGGAAUACACGCUGAGGGAGUGCGCCCGCGAGUUUCCCGUAAGGGAUUGCACCAUCUUCCGGCAAAUCGCCACCCAGUUUGGCGCCAAGGAUGCUCCGCCAGCUUUGACUAUCCUGCGAAAUGCCAUCAACGGAAUGAGAGGAUUUGUGGACGAGGGCAGCUACUGCAGCACCUGCGGCGCGGAAAAGCCGGACAAGAAGUGCUCCAAGUGCAAGGCGGUGCAGUAUUGCGAUCGGGAGUGCCAACGACUCCAUUGGUUUAUGCACAAGAAGAACUGUGCCCGUCUGCUGGCCCAAUCCCAAAACCAAUCGCCAUCGCAAGCGAAGGGAACCAUCGAUACCGCCGAGCUGCGUGAGGAGCUUUCCAAGCUGACUGCGUAAUCCUGCGAUCCUUUGUAACGCUAAUAAAUGUAACAUAAAAACACG